AUGUCCCCAGAAGAUGUGGAUCUCGCCAUCCGGCACGGGGCUGAUGGUAUCAUUGUCUCAAACCAUGGAGGCCACCAGCUUGAUGGUGUUCCCUCCGCCCUCGAUACGCUAAGAGCCUGUGUUCCUGCAGCCAAGGGCAAGACACUAAUUGCCAUUGAUGGCCGCAUUCGACGCGGAUCUGAUAUCUUCAAGGCACCGGCUCUUGGGGCGGACUACUGUUUGCUUGGGAAAGUCCCAGUGUGGGGACCUGCUCAGGGUGUUGAGUUGGCAAUUGAAAUCUUGCAAAUGGAGCUCAAGGCAACGAUGGCGUUAGCUGGAUGUCGAACAAUUUCUGAAAUCCAGAAGAGCUAUCUGUCGGCUUUGCGUCCUGAUGGAGAGCUGGCCAAGUUGUAG